GCCAGUUGCGCCGUGGCGAGCGCUUCGUUGGCGGCUCCCGAGCGAAAGGAUCGUCACUCGGGAGUCCUGAUAUCGGGAAAAAUCUUACGCGUAAAUCCGUUAUAUAAUGGCGGUACUUCGGUGGCUGCUUUUGUUGGAGGUGUUGCUGGUCUUACCGCCCGGGUAUCACCUGGCCACGCCCUCGGGCAGCGGUCAAUUGCGCCGCCUUUGGCUGCAGGAUCAUUGCAGUGCGGGAAUUUGUACGAACGUGGUGAUCGGUCGCAGUGAUUAUGUCAUCCUAUCGCAGGCCCCCAUUUCGGGCACCACUAUGUUGACCUUUCUGAACUCGAGCAUUGCCAAGAUACCGCAUCUGUUGUUCGAUACAUUUCCGGACUUGCAAGUUCUGCGGAUGGAGAACUGUUCGUUGGAGACCUUCGAGAAACCACAGUUCGAGGGUGCCAGCAAUCUGAUGGGCUUGUUUCUGGGACACAAUCGCCUCAAGGAUAUACCUAAAAAUAUAUUCUUGGGUGCUGAUAAUCUGGCCACUUUGCAUCUUGAAGGAAAUCACUUGAAACAUUUGGGAAAUCAUAGUUUUCAUGCGCUGAAAGAGGUGAAGGAACUUUCGCUGGCGGAAAAUCAACUGGAACAGAUUUCUCUUGGAGUUUUCGCUGGCAUGAGGAAACUAAUGGAUUUAAAUCUGGCGGGCAACCGCUUGGAAGCUCUACCUAGGGGAGUUUUCGAUAGGAAUUUAAAUCUAACCAAGUUAAAUUUGGCCAGAAAUCGGUUUACCGCCUUCGAAUCGGAAUUGUUGAAGCUGCAGCCGGUAUUUACUCAACUGGAUAUUUCUGGGAAUAUCUUCCAAGAGCUAACACUCAACUUCACGUCGCUGGAGGUGGCCAUAGCUCAUAGUUGCGAUUUGAGGAGGUUAACCGUUUACGGAGUGGUUCAAGAACUCGAUUUGCAUAAUAACUCGCUGAAGGAGAUGCCGCACAUUCCACAGGCCGCCAAUGUCAGCAUUUUGGAUUUGUCCCACAACCCGAUGGGAAAUCUUCAGGGCAACCCCUUGCGUAGAUUCACCUCUCUGCUGCGCUUGAAUCUUUCGGCAACCGGUGCUCAUGAGUUACCAGAGGGAUUGUUCAAGAAACAGAGCCAUCUGCAGAUGCUGGAUAUAUCGGGAAAUUCGAUAUACUCCCUGAAGAUCACCAUCUUUGAUAGCUUGAAGGCCCUGCAGUAUUUCUACUUUCAGCAGAAUAACUGGAACUGCGAUUUCCUUCAACUGCUAAUGAGUUCGUUUGUUAAGCGCAAGGAUAUAUCCUUCAUGGAGGAUAUAACAGCGCCUGAGUUGGUGGACGACUACGUGGAUGGAAUUGCCUGUUGGUAUGAGAGUGACAAGCAGUCUAAGAAGUGUGAAUCUGGUGGUUCGGAGGCUGCCAUGGAGCUAUCGGUGGUGCGAAACGAGAUCAAGACAUUUACGGAGUUGGUGGAGAAGAAGUUCGUCAAGGUCUAUCGGAUGUUGGAAGAGCUGAAAAUGAAGCUAUAAACGGGAAUUGGCAUAAACUCCUUUCCCACUAUCUAUCAAAACAUAUUUAAUCCCCAUAUGUAUUCCACUAUUUAACCAAAUAUCAAACUAUGUUAACCGUAAUUUAAAUUAUUUGACAGACGACAGCAACAUAUAAACCUUUUAAAAUAAGUUAUAAGAAUCAAUAAAGGGCCUCUUGGAACUCUA